GUCUGGCCCGCUCUCAGUCUGUCCCCAGUCUGGUUCUGUCCUCUCAGGUUGUGACUCUGUGGUAUCGCCCCCCCGACGUCCUGCUGGGGAACACAGAGUACUGCAGCAGCCUGGACGUCUGGAGUGCAGGGUGUAUCUUUGUGGAGAUGCUGCAGGGUGCGCCAGCAUUCCCCGGAGCCUCAGACCAGAGCGCUCAGCUGCAGCACAUCUGGACGGUGCUGGGCGUCCCGUCUGAGCUCAGCUGGCCUGGAGUCACUCAGCUGCCGCACUUUCACCCAGAGCGGCUCCUUCCCUCUCGGCCCAAGAAGCUUCACAACGUUUGGAAACGGCUCCAGCAGCUCCCUGGGAAGACGGAGGAUCUCCUGUCUCAGAUGCUGAAGCUCCGCCCCUCAGAGAGGAUAUCUGCUCAGGAAGCUCUGAAGCAUCACUACUUCCACACGCUGCCACCUCCCAUCAUGCACCUGGGCGACACUACGUCCAUCUUUAAGGUUCCUGGAGUUCGUCUGGAGGCCGAAGUCAGAGCCGGGAGGAAACUCAGACCCUCAGUUUUGCACAGCGCCCCCUACUGGUGAACUAGAGUACUACUGGUGAACUAGAGUACUACUGGUGAACUAGAGUACUACAGUAUACCUGAGGAGACAAGAAGAGGGGAUAUAACCCAAACAUGGACAAUUACCUGGGAAGACAAUCGUAGGGGCGAAUAAACCCUCAGUUUAGUGCUGAGCUGAGUCCUAAAGCUAAGCUAAGUGUUAACAGUUGUUAACAGAAUCCAGGGUUUCCCACACAUAGACUAUACUUGGGCGUGUAAAUUAAUUAAUUUUUCUUUUAUUCGUUUGGCUGUCUACAUGAUGUGGUCUGCCGACAUGGCCACUGUCAUACAGAUUAUAAAUCCUGGAUUGGUCUCUGUGUGUCCCCCUAGACCAGUGUUUCUCAAACUUUUUCAUACCAAGGACCACUUAACCAAUAAAAAAACACUCGCGGACCACCUAA